CAUAGAAUGGGGAGGGAGACAAUCCAAGUCCCUCAAAAUUUGCUUUCUAUUCCCGUCGAAAACACGCAGACACAGAGCCGAGGAGCUCGGCACUCUACAAGCACACCAGUGACCGCUACAUGGCGGCCACUCGAGGCCUCCCGUCUUCCUUCCAAAACCCUGCCUUCCCACCCGGGCCCAAAUGUCCCAUUCCUUCCUCCGCCGCUUUCCAUAUCAAAGCCUCCACCUUUACGAAGAAGAAGCAGUACAGCAGCAACAUCAUCAGGUGCGACAACAAGAGCUUCGGCCACCCGCACAACCUGACCAUCGAGCGGGACUCUCCGGUUCACGUCUUCCGCGAUGCUUCCGAAGCCCAAUUGUCAAUGGCCUCCGAUUCGGCAGGGAAGAAGGCGAAGAAUGUUUGCCUUUUCUACUGCGCCGAGACCAAAGCCCUCGCCCAGAACGUCGCCGCCCAGUCGGACUCCAUCGUGCUCCGCAGUAUCACGUGGAGGAAAUUUGAUGAUGGGUUCCCCAACAUUUUCAUACCCAAUGCUCAAGGAAUUCGAGGGCAUCAUGUGGCGUUUCUGGCCUCGUUUAGCUCCCCGUCGGUCAUUUUCGAGCAGUUAUCUGUGAUUUAUGCAUUGCCCAAGUUGUUCAUCUCCUCAUUCACUCUGGUGCUUCCAUUUUUUCCGACGGGGACUUCAGAGCGUAUGGAGGAUGAGGGAGAUGUCGCCACUGCUUUCACGCUCGCCAGGGCAUUGUCGAACAUUCCCAUUUCGAUGGGAGGCCCUACUAGUUUAGUCAUCUAUGAUAUCCAUGCCUUGCAGGAGCGGUUUUACUUUGGAGAUAAUGUCUUACCGUGCUUUGAGAGCGGGAUCCCUUUGCUCAAAAAUAGGCUUCAGCAGCUCCCUGAUUCCGACAAUAUAUCCAUUGCUUUUCCUGAUGAUGGUGCAUGGAAACGAUUUCAUAAGCAGCUGCAUCAUUUCCCAACAAUUGUCUGUGCUAAAGUUCGGGAAGGUGACCAACGAAUCGUACGUAUUAAAGAGGGAGACCCUAGAGGACGACAUGUUGUGAUUGUUGAUGAUUUGGUUCAGUCUGGUGGUACCUUGAUCGAAUGCCAGAAAGUUUUGGCCGCCCAUGGAGCAGCAAAAAUCAGUGCUUACGUAACACACGGGAUCUUUCCUAAUCGAUCAUGGGAACGCUUUCAAAGUGAUUACGGAGGGCACCCCGAGCAUGGGCUGACCUACUUCUGGAUUACGGACUCGUGUCCACUGACUGUGAAAGAUGUGAAGAACAAUCCGCCGUUUGAAGUUCUUAGCCUUGCUGGGUCCAUAGCGACUACUCUGCAAAUGAUGGCCCAUGAAUGAAGACCUAAAUAUAGACGUCGCGCUCGUUUAAAUCCAUCAUGGGAUUAGCUUGACCAUAACUUGAGAAAGCUACGGACAUCCUUAUUAUAGAAAGCGUGUAUGCAUAAAUAAUACAUGUCAUAUAUUUACAGGCAAAACAAACAAAAACUUUCGAUAUUUAUUGAACUCUCUUACAAA